AUGGCGUGUGGCACAGCCAUGGUAUCCAUUUGGAUAGUUGUGGUGAGUUUAGUCGUAUUGGGAGGGAAACUUCUUAACUGGAUUUGGUUGAGGCCCAGGAGAUUAGAGAAGUUUUUAAGGCAGCAAGGAUUCGCCGGAAAUUCUUACCGGAUUCUCUAUGGAGACCUGAAGGACAGAACCGCCAUGAGAGAGCAGGCCAUCUCCAAGCCGAUUAACUUCUCCGAUGAUAUAGCUCCACGUGUUCUUCCUUCUGUUCAUCAUACCAUCCAGAAAUAUGGCAAGAAUUCAUUUAUGUGGUUUGGCCCCAUACCAAGAUUGCACAUCAUGGACCCUGAACAACUUAAAACUGUGUUUACAUUGAUCAAUGAUAUCCAAAAGCCAGUUAUGAAUCCCCUUCUCAAGUUGUUUGCAGGUGGAGUUGUAAACCAUGAAGGAGCAAAAUGGGCGAGACACAGAAAGAUAAUCAAUCCUGCAUUUCAUUUACAAAAGCUUAAGGUUAUGGUACCAGCAUUCUAUCAUAGCUGCUAUGACAUGGUUAGCAAAUGGGAAAGCAUGGUCUUCGAGACCGGAUCGUGUGAGUUAGACGUAAUGCCUUAUCUACAACAAAUGGCUGCUGAUGUGAUUUCUCGAACUGCAUUUGGGAGUAGCUAUGAGAAAGGAGAAAAAAUCUUCAAACUUCAAACUGAACUAGCUCUUCUGGUGAAUCAACCUACCAUGGGGAUUUUUAUUCCGGGAUGGAGAUUCCUACCCACAAAGACGAACAAAAAAAUGAAAGAGAUAAGCAAGGAGAUAACAACUCUGAUCUUGGGUAUUAUAAAUGAAAGGGAGAAGUCCAUGAGUGCAGGUGAAGCUAUGCAUAGCGAUCUGUUGGGCAUUCUCAUGGAAUCCAAUUUGAAUGAAAUUGGACGACAUGGAAACAAUAAAGACACUGGAAUGAGCAUAGAAGAUGUCAUUAAUGAAUGCAAGACUUUCUAUAUUGCUGGACAAGAAACUACAGCUACGUUACUAAUUUGGACGAUGAUAUUAUUGAGUUCAUACUCAGAAUGGCAAGACCGAGCAAGAGCAGAGGUCUUUGAGAUCUUCGGUAACAAGAAACCAGAUUUUGAUGGUCUAAGUCGACUAAAAGUU